AACAUUCUAUUUAUUUGUAUUAUUUAAUUUUUAAAUAAUAAUUUUCCUUAUUCUUUCACAUUCACAUACAAAAUCGUUACUAUAAUUUAAGGUACUUGGCCUUUUUGAAAUCUCAUGUAAGCAAUAAAGCGCAACCGGAAGGAUCUAUAGCGGAAGGUUACCUUUUGUGGGAGACAAUUGCAUUUUGUUCGAGAUAUUUAGAAAGUGUUGAGACUAUGUUCAAUAGACCUAGAAGGAAUGAGGAUGGUGUAUCAAACAUUGACAACUAUUUGUAUAACUCUGGUGGUCGUGUUGUUGGAAAGAAAGAAAAUGUCUGUUUGGAUGAUAGAAGUUUAAAGCAAGCUCAUUGCUAUGUUUUAAUUCAUUAUGAUGAACUAACCCCGGUGGUCAAUGAGUUCUUAAAAUUAAAGAGGCAAGAGAAUGACAUUGGAGGAAGUCAAGCUUAUGAAUCUAUUGAAAAUCAGUGGAUAAUUGAUGAAUUUGCAGAUUGGUUGCAAAGCCAGGUCCAUAAUUUAGAUGAUAGCACGGUAGAAGGAAAGUUAAGAAAAGCCUUAGCCGGUGGCUUGAGUAACCGCGGGAAAAGGAUGAAAAGUGUUAUUAUCAAUGGUUACAAAUUUGAUAUUGUGGAUGGUGAGCGAUUUCGAAUAACUCAGAAUUCCGGAAUCAUGGUGGAAGCAGAGGGUCACGAAUAUUAUGGAAAACUCAAAGAAAUUUUGGAAUUAGAUUAUUAUGGUUCUUAUAAGGUUGUAUUGUUUCGUUGUGAUUGGGUCGAUAUCCGUAGGGGUAUCAAAACAAAUCCAAAUGGAAGUGUUCAUAUCAAUUUCUCAAAGUUGAUGCACACUGGUCGAUUGUUGCGUGAUGAUCCAUUUGUUUUCUCAUCUCAAGCAAAACAAGUUUUUUUAUAUUGAGGAUGAGAUACAAAAAGGGUGGUGUCAUGUUGUGAAAACUAAGCCUAGGGACUUGUUUGAUAUACCUGAAUAAUUUGUUUACAACUUUUAUAAUUUAUUAUAGAUUUGAGUUCAUAAAUUUGGAUGGGCGUGUAUUUUUAUAUUUCAUUUAGUUAUUCUAAUUCAUCAAAGUUUGCAUUUUGUUAACUUAAUUUCUGUUUUUAUGGUAC